UGCAUUCGUAUGAACAUGUAUAACCACAUGCACAUAUAUUCUUAUUUCUGUAGCCCAGCGUUUAAGGGAAAGGAAUGUGAAGGUCGCCUUGAAGAAUUCAAGAUUUGCAAAACGGACGUGUGUGUAAACAGCAGAGACAUGAGAGCUGAACAAUGUGCACUUUUCGAUGGCUAUGUGAUUGGAAACAACCAGCAUACGUGGAGACCAACACAACUCGGAAACGGUACGAACUUUUGUAAACUUAACUGCAUCUCAAAGGAGACGGCGGAAAUUCUUCAAACGGAAGCGGAUGUCAAAGACGGAACACUUUGCCAAUACGAUGGUUCAAAUAAUAUAUGCGUCCGAGGAAUUUGCCAGGAAGUCGGUUGCGACGGUGUCUUAGAAUCUCCAAUGAAAGCAGACGCCUGUGGACAAUGUAAUGGGGACAACACUACUUGCAAAUCAAUCUCAGGAACAACGAAUCGAUCGUCAGAGAAAGAACUGAUGAAAUAUCAUAGAAUCAUUGUUUUACCAAAAGGAGCCAGAAAUAUCUUCAUAUCAGAGUCUCCCAGUCGAAAUAAUUUCAUGGCAAUUGAAGACGAGAAAGCCAACGAAUUCCCUUUGAAUGGUGACGGUAUUCAGGCCCCUUCGCAUUCGUUCAUAGCAAGAGGGGCUCGCUUUAUUUACACCAACACUGAAACAGAAGAAACGUUACAAUCAAUCGGACCGAUUAACGGCUUUUUAUUAGCAAAGUUGUAUAUGACAGAAAACAACACAGACUCCGAGAUAUCGUAUAGCUACACGGCCAGUCGAGACGAUUACACCUUUGAGAAAAACAGUUUUAAGUGGCGUUUUGACAAAUGGAGUGAAUGUAGCGUUUCUUGCGGCGCAGGAAUUCAGAAUACGAUGUACAACUGUUUCAAUACACUCACCGAUAAACUUGUUGAGAAGAACUUCUGUCUCCAUCUUGAAGAUCCCCGGAUUGACAAAGUGGAGUGUAAACGGGAGGAAUGUAUGAAAUCAAGGUGGGUGGUUGAACGAUGGAGCAGUUGUUCUAAAACGUGCGGCACAGAUGGUGUGGAGCAACCCGUAUACUUUUGUGUGUCAGACACCCGAAAGAAAGAUGAAGUGGUUUCUGAUUCUUACUGCGAUGCAAGUAAAGAACCCAAUGGUACCCGGGAAUGCAACCGGAUUCCUUGUGCUGGAGAAUGGCAAGUCGGUGAAUGGUCUAAGUGUUCAGUGAGCUGUGGUAGCGGAAUACAAGGCCGGACUGUGACCUGUUCUACUCCGGACAGCGACAAACUCCCGUGCGAGAAAGAAAUGCCAAGCACGACGAAAACUUGUAAAAUGGAAGACUGCAAACCCAAAGUCACUGUUUGCCUCAAGGACAACACCCAGUUUUGUAAAUACGGCUCGACCAACCGCACAUGCUUCUACAACGGUUACAGAGAGCUCUGCUGCAAAUCUUGCGAGAAGUUUUUAAAGAACUACUAAAGAACCAAAAAAAAAAAACCAAAAGAACACUUCCAUCUCACCAUUUUACACUGUUAAACAACAACGAAAAGACAAAAGAACUCUCAAAUGAAAAGAAAGAAACGACUCGAAAACCAACCGAAUUUUAUAUCUGGUAUCAGAUAUAGAAUUAUGAAGAAAAAUUACGAAUUUAAUAGAUUUUUUCGGUUAUUUUUAGAGAGAAAAACUACCGUAUUUGAUGACAUAAAAGACGCAUAUUAAGCGCACCCGGAUUUCACCAGUGUAUAUUCAGGAAAAGAUGAUUUUAGUGUAUAAAAGCUUAUGGGAGGCCCAACUUCGCAUUUAGGGCCAGGGGGGAUUUUUUUUUUUUUUGAGACAUUUUUUUUCUUUUGCGGUAUGGGUGAAAAAAAAGUGUACCUUGUAUGUCAUCACUUACGGGUGGGAAAUAUUCGAGGAUGAAAGGGGCUGAUUGGGUGCAAGGGUGGAUUGGACAUAUUAAAACAAUUAUUUUCCAUGUAA